AUGGGGUUCUCUCCUGACAGCAGCCGUGUCGCGUCCGGGUCGUAUGACCAGACGAUCAAAAUUUGGGAUGCACAUACCGGCGCCUGCCUGCAGACGCUGAAGGGCCAUGAUCGCUCAGUCACAGCAGUGGUGUUCUCUCCUAACAGCAGCCGCGUCGUGUCCGGGUCGUACGAUAAGACAAUCAAGAUCUGGAAUACACGCACCGGGGCCUGCCUGCAGACGUUGGAGGGCCAUGAAAAUUAUGUCAACUCAGUGAUGUUCUCCUACGACAGCAAACGAGUCGCGUCCGGGUCUUUGGACAAGACGAUCAAGAUCUGGGAUGCGCAGACCGGUGAUUACCUGCAGACGCUGGAGGGCCAUAACGAUUAUGUCAACUCAGUGGUUUUCUCUCCCGACAGCAGCCGCAUCGCGUCUGGGUCGUGCGACCAGACGGUUAAGAUCUGGGUUGCGCAUACUGGCGCCUGCCUGCAGACGCUGGAGGGUCAUGAAGACAGGGUCACCUCGGUAGUAUUCUCUCCUGACGGCAGCCGUGUCGCGUCCGGGUCGUACGACCAGACGAUCAAGAUUUGGGAUGCGCACACUGACGCCUGCCUGCAGACGCUGGAGAGUCAUGAUGACAGGGUCACCUCAGUGGUGUUCUCUCCUGACGGCAGCCGUGUCGCGUCCGGGUCGUACGACCAGACGAUCAAGAUCUGGGAUGCGCACACUGACGCCUGCCUGCAGACGCUAGAGGGCCAUGAUCGCACAGUCACCGCAGUGGUGUUCUCUCCCGACAGCAGCCGCAUCGCGUCCGGGUCGGAGGAUAAGACGAUCAAGAUCUGGAAUAUGCACACCGGGGCCUGCCUGCAGACGCUAGAGGGCCAUGACGAUUAUAUAACCUCACUAGUGUUCUCUCCCGACAGCAGCCGCGUCGCGUCCGGGUCGGAGGAUAAGACGAUCAAGAUUUGGGAUACGCAGACCGGUGCUUACCUGCAGACGCUGGAGGGUCAUAAAAGCUGGAUCAGAUCAGUGGUGUUCUCCCACGACAGUAGCCGUAUUGCGUCCGGGUCGCACGACCAGGUGAUUAGGAUUUGGGAUAUGUAUACUGGCGCCUGCCUACAGACGCUGAAGGGCCAUGGCAGCAGUGUAUAUCCAGUGGUGUUCUCUCCCGACAGCAACCGCGUCGCGUCCGGGUCAUACGGCAUGACGAUCAAGAUCUGGAAUACACAGACCGGCGCCUGCCUCUAG